AUCCUUUUGAUUACAAUUAAGUUUUAAUUAAAUUGCUGUCAUAUUUAAUCAUCUUGGUCUAAUGAUCCAGUUAAGAUAAAUUACCGAGUUAUUCACACCUUUGAGCUGUAUUUCUUUUGUCUCUUGCUUACUAACCAUAAGUUUAAGUUUUGUUUUUGUUUACAUUUGAAUUUUUGGUAAACAAACAAAAAAUUUUCUAAUUUUUGUUUUUCUUCCUGAUUAAUUUAAUUGUGAUCAUUAUUGGCCACUUUUGGUCACUAUUUUAGAAUCAAAAAAGGGACAAUCAACUGUGAUUAUCGUUUUAAUUGUUAUCAAUGGUUCGUGUUAAGAAGAGAUAUGUCCUACUAGAAUGUGUUCUAGAUGAUAAUGGACGAUAUUCAUCUGAAGGAUUACCAUUCGGUGAGGGUGAUGUUGUGGUUGCUCUUCGUGAGGCCGUUAAAAUGAUUCAUGGUGAUUACGGCCUUGGGUCGGUAAUUGGUUCAUUGUUUUGUAAACGAUUGUCCAAGAAAACUCGAAUUUGCCUUUUCUCAUGUCGAUUUGGUCCACAUUACAUGUUAACAACUUCCAUUCCUUUUGUAAAAAAGAUUAAGGAAACUCCUUGUAGUUUAAGACAAUUAACUAUUUCGGGAACCAUUAAGGGAGCCUGCGAAUUCUUGAAAAAAUUUUAUGAACGACAAGUUGAAGAUUAUGAAAAUGAAUUGAAAAAAUUUGAAAAUACUAAAUUCAGAUUACAGAAACUUGAAUAAAUUCAUUUAUAUUAACAUUUACACAACAAA